AUGGAAAAUUUUUCCAGCCAUCUUCUAGCAGCUUUUCUUAUUCUACUCGCUUUAAGUAACACCAUGAACUCUGCGUCCGCUGCCAGACGUGCAGCCGGAGAAACCAACACUGAAUUCAUCAGAACAUCUUGCAGGGCGACAACUUACCCUAAACUUUGCUACACCUCUCUUUUAACCCACGCCACUGCAGUCCGGCAAGAUCCAAAGCUUCUGGCUCACACCGCCCUUUCUGUGACCCUCGACUCCACCCGGUCUACCUCUACCAUGAUGGGAAAGCUUUCCCACACUCGCGGCAUGACGCGGAGAGAGGUUGGGGCUAUGAAGGAUUGCGUGGAGGAGUUGAGGGACUCGGUGGACCAAUUGAGUAGAUCUAUAGCGGAGAUGAACGAAAUUAAGAGAUCAAAUUUUUGGAUGAUUAUGAGUGAUGUACAAACUUGGGUUAGCGCCGCCUUGACGAACGAGGACACCUGCAUGGAGGGGUUCGCUGGAAAAGUCAUGAACGGAAACGUGAAGACAACCGUCAGGAAACGGAUUGUGAUUGUUGCUCAUCUCACCAGCAACGCCUUGGCUUUGAUCAAUAGUUAUGCUGCCCUCCAUAAUUAG